UCCCCAACUGCGAUUCAUCAUAUCCCUUUUCGCGGACAAACGGAAAACAUAUACGCACAGAUGAACGCUAGACGACCAGUUGUCUCAAACAAACAUUUGCAUCGAUUCUAUGAGCCUCUUAGCCUUCUUUUUGCUCUCGGAAAGGCUCGCGGCAAGCAUACUCGCAAGACUUCACCCUCAGCUGAACAGAUCGACUCUUUGAAUGCCUCGCAACUACAACGCAAAUUCCUGGACGAGCUAGCUUUCCUCUGUGACCAUGAGAAAGGGGGUGAUACAGUUACAGCUAUUGGUCUUGAACAAACACCUCAAAAUCACAUUUAUUGGGUUGCAGCAAAUAGAUGUCCACAAACAAAGAUCGUUCCAUUUCUUGAAAAGCUACUGGCAACAUUAAGCGAAUGGCAUGAGCACGAAGAUGUUCAACGUUUAUCGGCAGAUAUUUUCAGACUCAGUGUAAUGUUCUCACAAGCAAAGAUCAAGACCUACUCGAAGUUCUUAUUAUCAAGUUUUGAGGACUUGAAAAGAUUUCCAAAUUGGGCGGAUCCUGCGAUCUCCGAUCCUAUGGCAAUCUGGGAAGAGAAAAUCCAGAGUCUUGCGGAAUUAGACCCACACGCUUUGGUUGAAUUUGCUCACACCAAUGGGCAUUCCAAGUUCACGCGUCGAUUAGCAGAACUGGCGUACGACCCACUAUACGGAACUGGCCGCGAUAGCCUGCAGGCAAUAUGCGCAACAGCUCGCCAUUACAUCGGUCGCUUGGGUCAUCAUGCUCGGUCUGCAAGAGCUCUCGCUUCAUACACGCCUAAGGUGACGGUGUUUCUAGAGUCUUACAGCGUACAAGCUAUACCUAUACCCCCAAAGCUGCCCAUCGGCCGCCCACCGAUUCGAAAGGCCACAACCGUAGAAGGAGCAUUAAGACGUAUGUUACCUGCGAAAUCACCGGACUCUGAACUUUAUGAACAGGCUCUAGCACACCUUUGCAGACUGUUCGAAGUUUCAGAGAGAUUCCGAAAGGAUUAUACCGAAGCGAAGAAAUCAACACGAGUCCAUGCCGAGGUCCAAGUACUUCAUCAUUUUCACCAGAACGAUAAAGAAUUCGCGAAUCGUGACAAGUACAUUGCAUGCAGCAAGCCUGCCUGUUUUUGCUGCCUUCUGUAUUUCCGCCAUCAUCCAGGUGGAUUCGUCGAACCCAACUCCCACCACAAGAUCUAUACAGCCUGGCAGCCGCCUGGCGUACCUGAUAGCGCAGGACCUAAAGAAGAAGACCAGUUCCUAGACAUCUUGGAUCUCAUGAUCCGAGACAUCCGCAAAGACGCACUAAGACAAAUUAUCGACAGAGCGGGUCCAAUGAAUGUUCACCCUGAUUCUACGACUGGCAUUUCUGUUUCUCAAUUUGGAACACGGGAGGUUGAUGCUGCCUCAAUCAUGGAAGACGAGGAAGGAUACACUGACGCGCUAGCCAAUGCUAGCAGUGACUAUGGUGGCAUCGAGUCAGACGAUGCCACUGCUUCGUCCUCCAGUACCAUUAUGCUUGACGUAAACAGCGAUACAGAAGAUGAAGAGGGCGGUAUCUCGUUAGUUUGA